AUGAAGGCCUCCCUCCUUGCCAUGCUGGCUUUGAUCCUAUGCGCAGAUCAAGCAAAUGCCCUGUAUUGCUACACCUGUGACUGGGAACAAAGCAACUGGAGCUGUCUGAAGGCCAAGAAGUGCUCGGACAAGGAUGAGUACUGCGUGACCAAUGUUGCCUCCGUAGGAAUUGGCUUUUUGUCUUUGUGGAAGAGGAUCACCAAGAAGUGCUCUGAGACCUGCCCACACCACAACUUCAGCCUGGGCCUGGCUUCCUACACCUCAUAUUGCUGCCAAACCUUCUUGUGCAACCUGAACGCGUGCCCGGGGCCCAGGCUAGCUCGGCAGUGA